AUGACGGACGCGUGGCUUGCUCGCUAUGCCCCACAACCUCGGCAGGGCCGGCCGUGGGUCACAUUGACCUUUGCACAGUCGCAGGAUGGGAAAAUCGCUGGUGCACAAAAGCAACAAUUACGUCUGAGCGGCGAGCGUAGCAUGACAAUGACACAUCGUAUUCGAUCCAUGCACGAUGCUAUUUUGGUCGGCAUUGGUACUAUGAUGGCGGACAAUCCCCGUCUUAAUGUGCGUCUAGAUGGGUAUACAGGUCCCUCACCACGACCCAUUGUUCUGGAUCGCGAUCUUCGUACGCCACCGACUUGCCGUCUCAUGGACGUCGCACGGGUCUCGCCCCCGAUUCUGAUGGCGUGCCCGCCAUCCGAGCCUGACGCCUUGCAUGGAUGGCGCAAAAGAAAGGAAGCUCUAGAGGAGGCUGGAUUCCUCGUUGAGUGUGUCGACAUGGAGGGCACGCAACUGUCAUGGUCGUCCAUCUUGCAGCGACUAGCAGCGUUGCACCUCUCGUCCGUGAUGAUCGAAGGAGGCGCAGGUGUCAUUGAUAGUGUUCUACAAACACACACAGUAUCGCCUAUGAUUGAUGUGGUCCUUGUCACUGUGGCACCGACAGUAGUAGGGGAAGAGGGCUAUGGGUAUACGACAUCAUUGUUCGAUAUGCCAGCAUGGCACGAGGCGAGUAGAUGCUCCCUUUCCCCUGAUACGGUGAUUGCACUGCUUCCCCUUUAA